UUCGUCCUACUUUCACAACGGUCACACGCUUUCUAUUUGAUUUCUCGUUUUUUUUUUUCUCAUCUAACAAUUUUUGUUAAACAAUUUACCGUGAAUUUUGUUGUUGUGUGUGUGGAUGUGUUCGGGCUAGCGCAAAAAACAAAAGCGGAAAAAAAGUGCUGGGAAAAUCGAAUGAAAGAAAAAAAACAACGGCAGAAAAUGCUGGCAAACAAGAAAUCGUCAAGGUGAAAACUGCGCGCCCUUCGUCUUCGCUAAGGAAAAAGGGGCGUCUUUCGUGCAAUAUACACCAAAAACAAAGGAUAAUCUGCAUUAAAUCAAAUAAACUCAUCAAUUUUGGCGGCCAAUUUGCAAAUACAAAAUACUAAAAUACACUACAUGGAUUACGCACACACACAAAGACACUGGCGAACGUAAAUAGACUACAUACAGUUGUCUCACUUGCUCUACCUGCAAAAGCAAAGGCUGCCAGAAAGAGAUAGGCUGAUUUGCUUUUUCUUGUACUUCUAUAUAUUUUUUAUUGUUUUUUGUUGUUGUACGUGUGUGUGCGACAGUGCCAAAUGUCAUCGGAAAUUACAACACUGUAAGAAGAAGAAGCAGGAGCAGUAGUGCAACAUAAACAAAACAAGAGGAAAAUAAUAAUAAAUAACGAAAAUGUUGCCCGCCAAUAAUAAAAGUAACACCAAUAUAAGUACAACCAGCACUACCAAUACCAACAGAUGCCUCAUCCAGUCGGCCAUUGAAAGAACGGUAGUUCGUCUACGGGAAACUGCAAUAAGCGGUAACUUUCAGGACUCCACAGAAGCACCAUGCGUGGAAUACGAUAUUAUUAACUAUUAUGCAGAGAACAAUAAUAGUAGUACGCCCAGAAUCGCCGUUUCUCCACGACAACAGCAACAGCAGUUGUCCUCUUCUCGCCACGGCGGCAACAAUAACAAUAACGGUGAGUGCCAUCCAGCAUUGGAUGGAUCCGGCAGUGUUGUUGUUGUUGCACCGGCAGCGGGAAAGGAACUAGAAGAGGCAGAACGAGGAGUAACAGCAGAGGACAUGGAAGUGGAUGUGGAAGGGGGAUCCCCAGUUAAGCCUUUUAACCCAAAAAGACAACAACAAAAUCGUUUUAAAGGCGGCGGUGGAGCUUUGCGCCGUUCGGCGGCAAUUGUCCCAGCGAGAUCACUUCCAGAGAGCAGUAGCAAUUCCAAUUCCAGUAGCAACUGCAGCUCCAGUGCUUCCAAUCCCUGCUCUUCCCUUGGCGUUAAUAUGCGAGUAACGGGACAAUGCAGCCAGGGCGGGAGGAAAUACAUGGAAGAUCAGUUUUCAGUGGCUUACCAGGAAUCUCCAGUCACGCACGAACUGGAAUACGCAUUUUUUGGAAUAUACGAUGGUCACGGAGGCCCUGAAGCAGCGUUAUUUGCCAAAGAACAUCUAAUGUUGGAGAUUGUCAAGCAAAAGCAAUUUUGGUCGGAUCAGGAUGAGGAUGUUCUGCGGGCGAUACGUGAGGGAUACAUCGCAACACAUUUUGCAAUGUGGCGGGAACAAGAAAAAUGGCCUCGCACCGCCAAUGGACACCUGAGCACCGCCGGAACCACCGCCACAGUGGCCUUUAUGCGACGCGAGAAGAUCUACAUUGGUCAUGUGGGUGACUCCGGGAUUGUUUUGGGCUACCAGAACAAAGGUGAACGAAACUGGAGGGCACGACCACUGACCACGGAUCACAAACCCGAAUCGCUGGCGGAGAAGACGAGAAUCCAGCGAGCCGGCGGCAAUGUGGCUAUCAAAUCGGGUGUUCCCAGAGUGGUGUGGAAUCGACCCAGGGAUCCAAUGCAUCGCGGGCCCAUCAAGUGGCGAACGCCAGUGGAUGAUAUACCCUUUUUGGCGGUGGCCCGUUCGUUGGGCGACCUCUGGAGCUACAAUUCCCGCUGCAAGGAGUUUGUUGUGAGUCCCGAUCCGGAUGUCAAGGUGGUCAAAAUCGAUCCCAGUACCUUUAGAUGCCUAAUCUUUGGCACCGAUGGCCUGUGGAAUGUGGUGACUGCCCAGGAGGCGGUGGACAGUGUGCGCAAGGAGCAUCUAAUCGGCGAGAUACUCAACGAACAGGACGUAAUGAAUCCCAGCAAGGCGCUAGUGGAUCAGGCCCUAAAAACCUGGGCCGCCAAGAAGAUGCGGGCGGACAAUACGUCCGUUGUGACUGUGAUACUAACACCAGCGGCCCACAAUAGCUCGCCCAGAACUCCAAAGCGUUCGCAAUCCGCCAUGGCGCGUGAUACUGACCUCGAGGUCGAACUUUUGCUCGAGGAGGACGAUGAGGAGCUGCCGCCGCUCGAUGUGGAGAACAACUGCCCCGAGUUUCUCAUUGAGGAGGACGAAUAUGUACUGGAUCAGCCGUAUAGUGCCUUGGCCAAGCGGCAUUCGCCACCCGAAGCCUUUCGUGAUUUCGAUUACUUUGGUCUGGACGAAGAUGAGCCUCUGGAGGAGGAUGAGGAAACAUCGGCGGAGCAGAGUCUGUUUAGCCCCAGGAAAACGUGGCGCAAGUCCUGGACUGGCGAAACUGAUCCAGAACCCGAUCCCGAACCAGAUCGAUUGGAUAGCUCGGCGCUGGACAUGUAUUCACACACCAGCAUCGACAAGUGCGCCAUGUACGCGAAUAGUAUAGCCCCGCCAGCAAUUAGUCCAGCGGAAAGGGCUGCAAAUCGAGAGCUAAGCGAACUGGAACAGCAUUUGGAGAGUAGCUAUAGUUUUGCCGAGUCGUACAAUUCGCUCUUAAACGAACAGGAGGAGCAGGAGGCACGUUCUCGUUCAGCAGCAGCAGCGGCAGCAGCAGCUGCGGAAGCCGAAGCAACAGCCGCAGCAGCAGCACAACAGACCACUGCCCAUUCCGCAUCUGUUGUGGUGGACCGCAGCAUGUUCGAGAUAAUCCAGGAGCAGCAGCACUACCAGCAGCAGGAGGGUUACUCGUUGACGCAGCUAGAAACCAGGCGCGAGAGGGAGCGGCUGACCGAAGCGUGGCCACAGCAGCCGGCGGAGCUCCUCGAACUGGAUGCCCUGCUGCAGCAGGAGCGGGCCGAGGAGGAGCAGGUGGCCCUGGAGCAGCAGCUGCAGCGCGAGCAGCAGAUGGAGGUGGAGGUGUCCGCAAGCAGCAGUAGUUCGGCGCAGCACGAGUUUGCUUUCCCCGUUGCCGCCGAGGAGUGGAGUCCCACGCUAACAGAAGAGGACGAAGAGUCCAGGGUAAUAGAUAUCCAGACGGAACAGCAACAGGACCUGCAGGACAAUGAAGUGACCUCUACGCUGCCCGCCACACCCAUUGAAGUGGAGCAGCCGAAAAAGUUGCAGGAAAAGCAGCAGCAGCAUCAGCAGCAGCAGCAGCAGCCCGAGAAGGAGAAACCCAUGGCCAGGCAGGAGAAGAAGCUGUCCAAGAAGCAGGAGUCGGGCAAACUGGAUCAAGGGCUCGUUGCGGUGCUGGAAACGGUGGCGGAAAUCCGCAAAGAGGACGCCCAUACCGUGCACUUUAUAUUCGAGCAGAUCCAGAAGCUGCAGGAGUCGGAGUUGCCAGCCAAUGCCGCGGUGGCUGAGGCCGAGGCCCUCGAAUCUGGCGGACUGGGUGGCUCCCUGUCCGCGCCGCGCAUCCGCCAGAUGCGUCGCUAUCGCAACGUGCCCAACGAGAAUCACCAGCACAUGCAGACGCGUCGCCGCCAGAUGUUCAAGCACGGCAAGCCCAAGUCCUUUAUUGCAUCAAGUGCCGCGGCCAUUGUGGCCUUUGGCGACAGCAGUGGAUCGGUUGGCGGAGCAGCGGGAUCGGCUGGCAGUCCGGGCGAAGGUCGUGUGGGUGGAGGAUCCGCGUCGAGUGCCAAUGGCAAUGGCAAUUCAACGGCGGCGGUGAAUCGCCGGCGCAGCGUCAAUGUGGUGGCCAGUUCGAGUGGCAACAGUGGCAAUGGUGCCACCAGCACCUCCAUGAUGGUGACCCGCCGCAGUCACAGUCUGUCGGCCAACGGUGGCGUGAGCAAAAGGCAGCUACGCAGUAGUCUCUGCAGCCUGGCCCUGGGAUUGGACAUGACCAAGCGAACGCUGAGGACGCGCAACGUGCCCGUUUCGACGACAGGCCAAGCCACGCCCGUUAGCAGCUCGUCGCCGGCCAGUGGGGGCACAAGUCCAGGCGGUUUCAACAGCCCCAGUAAUCCAGUGAGCACGCCCAGGGGAAAUAUCAACGCUGGAUCGGCAGGCAGUGGCUCGAGGCGCCUGAAGCGCAAUCACGAGGAUCGGGAGCAAAGGCGGAGCCUGAGACGGAGCACCCUGAGUGCCAGUUCGAGCGGAACUGGGGGCGUGAGCACCUCGAAUGCCAAAUCCAAUCGCCUGCAGGCCUGCAAUGGUGCCAUUUCCGCGCGUCCGCCGCCCUCGCCCAAGAAACUAAAUGCAGCGGUGCCCACGCUGGCGAUCGGAACGCGGGCUUAUACCGCUGCUCUGGCGGCGGCGGCGGAUCACCUGAACAAGCGGUGGUCAUUGCGGAGCAGCAGCAGUGGUGGCGCCAGCAACCUAGUCACAACGAUUAGUUGUUACAGUGCCCGGAGCAGAGCGGCGGCAGCAGCAGGAGCUGCCGGACAGCCAGGAGCAAGUGGAGGAGCAGGAGGACCAACGCCAGGAACAUCUUUAACCGCAUCCACAGCAGCCACGCGUCGGCGCUAAGCAAAAACUGUAAGGAAAGCGAAAUUGAAAUCGAAAUUGAAAUCGAAAUUGAAAGAGAAUCCCAAAUUCAAGCGGGCGAGCAACUUGCAAGUACAAAUCCUAAGCAACGGAAAACCUAAAAAGCCUAGUUCUACAAAAUCGAAAAUGCAAAAAUUAUAAUCGUAAUUUACAAAUUUUUUUUGAGUGUGCACAACACACACACACACACACACACACACAUCGGAUCUAUAGUUUUAUUGUAUAAAGAAAGCUAUUUAACACACAUAUUAUAUAUUUAUACCUAAGCCUAAACAAUAAAACAAAUUCAUAGUGUAGCUAUAAA